AUGGCGAUCUGUACUUAUAACACACGUACAUCUUAUAACAUACGUUCUUGGCUUGCAUCAUCAGAUCUUCGAUGGCCGCUUGCAUCGGAAGCGGCCAUCGAAGAUCUGAUGAUGCAAGCCAAGAAGAUCAAGUACGACGUCAUCGGACUGACCGAGACGAGACGACGUCACCCUCUCAACGCCGUAUAUGAAACUGGAGAAGAACUGUUCUUAGGAACAUGCGACAGUAGAGGUGUUGGUGGAGUUGGCGUCCUCGUCAACACGAGUAUGGCAAAGAACAUCGACUCUUUUGAACAACUUACGACCCGAAUCGGACGUCUGCGGAUGAGAAGAUGUGGUCCAACACCAGCUUUGACUAUCUUCGUCGCUUACGCUCCAACAUCAAGCUACGAAGAAGAAGAAGUCGAAGCUUUCUAUAUGGACCUGGAGAAGUUCUACCGAGAAGAUCAUGCCUUCUACAAGGUCAUAAUUGGCGAUUUCAACGUCAAGAAGCACUCCUCUCUACGCUGGACGUGGGAGUCACCCGGUGGAGGAUACCGUAAUGAAAUAGACCACAUCAUCGUCAAUAAAAGGUUCUGCCUGACGGACGUCGCAAUUGUACCGAAGUUCUAUACGGGAUCGGACCAUCGCCUCCUCCGAGGAAGAUUUCCCUUCACAAAGAGAGCAGAAAAAGCCGCCAAGUUCAGAGGGAUAAAUCCCAGAACUAUCAUCAACUGGGAUCCCUUCGCUGCGUUAUCCGGCUUUUGGGAAGAUUCCGCAAUGGACGACAUCGACGAGGAAUAUGACCGGCUCGUUGAACACCUUCACAACUGCGCGAAGAAGGCUGAGAGUUUUAAAACCACCAAGAGGCGCCUGUCUCUUGAAACUCUUCAGCUGAUACGCCAGCGCGGAGCAGCACGAGCCGCAGGGAACCAAGAACUCACGUCCGAGCUCGCAAGGCUUUGCAGAGAGGCGAUAAAGGAAGACCUUAGAGAGAGAAGAGCAGAAGUGCUGGCUGAAGCUGCAGAGGCGGGGAAAAGGAUCCGCCAUGCCCGUCGAGACUUCGUCAGUCACAAGACGAGGAUGACUGCUCUCCGGAACCCAAAGGGAACAGCAAUAGCAUCGAGAAGGGGGAUGGAGAACUCCCCCUUCUCGAUGACUUCUACUCUGAUCUCUUCGACAGCCAUGUCCACUUGCCUCCUCACCAUCUGA